AUCUUCGACGUGCACCGGCAAGAUGUCAGAGUACUGGAAGUCGACACCGAAAUAUUGGUGCAAAUACUGCGAAGUCUUCGUGAAAGACACCAAGUUUGAGAAGCAGCAACACGAAGCCACCGGUCGCCACCAGGGCGGUAUCCGGCGCUCUCUCAAGGGGCUACACCGCGAACAGGAAAUUGAAGCCCGCAAACAAGCGCAAGCGAAAGCCGAAGUUGCGCGCCUCAAUGGCCUGGUCCCUGGAGCAAACGGCGCAGGGCCCUCGGUUGCAGCCGGAGUCGGCGACAAAGCUACAUUCGCAAAGAAGGAACCGCAAAAGAAGGCCACAGUAGAAGACAGGAAGAGACAAUGGGAGCAGCUGGCGGCUCUGGGCGUUGCGCUGCCUGAAGAAGCGCGACAGGAUAUGGGUAUGGCAGGAGAUUGGAAAGUGGUGACAAAGAAACUAGUCGGAGAGGUCAACGAGCAGGGACAGUUCGAAGAGAAACAGCUGAAUAAGGGUGUACAUAAAAGGAAGAUCGAUGAGGCAGAGGAAGAUCGGAUAGCAGCAGAAGGCAUGAUCACGAAGAAGAAGGGUUGGGGCCAGACGUACAAAACAUUCCCAGGAAGCAAGGACAACGACGACGACGAUAUAGAAGCACUUUUCGGAGCGAAGAAGACUCCAGAGCUUAAGAUGGAGGAGGUGGAAGAGAAGGUGAAGACCGAGGAGCUAGUCAAGCAUGAAGAGGACACAAACCCUCUGCAUGACAUACCCACGGCAGAUGACGCAGCAACAGAUGCCGCCGAUGCGCCGGUCAAACAGGAGGAAGACGCACCUGUUGCACCUGCUGCACCUGCCGUGGUGUUCAAGAAGAGGAAGAAGAUCAAGGUGUGAAGGCAAUAAUACUGAGAGACUACGUUGAGUAUUCACACAAACACACCACCGGCGACACCAGGACUCCAGACUCGCCAAAUGCCGAACGACUCAUGCUUAUUCAACGGGGUCGAGGAUACGCGGACAGCACAUUGCACAAAGACCGCAGUCGCACUGCGUUAUUUGCAACAUUCACGUCAUGUCCUAGAAUGUCUGUUAGCAUAGCAAAGUGCUGGAGAAGGAGGGUAUUGCAGGGCUGUUUGACCGCAGACCCAUGAGAUGGCAGCGAUAGAACAAGUAUCAAUGCUACAAUAACAUCAACAUAAUAUAGUACAUAUCAGCGU